AACGGUAGAAGGGAAAAAUUGGAGGAGAGGGGACAACUCGUAUAAAGUCGCGUCAUCGUGCCGGUUAAUCAGUUGUUCGGAGAAAAAGUCUAACGAGGGAUGUUGUUUUGCUCGAUGUGGCGUUAAUCAAAGUGAAAGUACAAUUAUAAUAAAAAAGAACAAUUGAUAUUUAUCGAGUAAUAGAAAAAAUCAAUUUUAUCGGACUUGGUGACAUUUGUCGUGAAAUUAUUCUUGUCAAAAAUAAUACCAAAUUACCGCAGAACAUACUUGUAGCGUCGAGGAAAUAAUACGUGUAUCGUGUUCUGUUUCAAGAAGGUCGCUGUGAAAUUAAUUGUGUCUGUGUGUAACGUUUUUCGAAUAAUGGAGGUUUUACCGUGUCCUGUAAAUGUGGAUUUCAGCAACACAAGAGCUGAAACAGUUGCCGAUGAAUUCGACGGGGCUUGCCAGGCAUUAGCGAAACGACUCGAAGUCGAAUUAAGGAGGGCGAAACAUGUUCAAUUAGCGUGCGGAGAAGUUUUGCUACCUGCCGACCUUUUGCCUAGGAUAGCUAAAGAUGUCCUCAGCAUGGCUGAGAAUGAACCCUGUGGUCUCAGAGGUUGUACUCUAUUUAUUAGUUUUGAAACGGACAGUGUAUGUCGGAAAUUGUCAAAAAUACAAUGCGAUCCUAAUGCAGUAUCCACCUUUGAACUUUAUCUGACAUUAAAACAAGAUCAUACAUCUUGGCACAUUCUGUUACCACAGUUCAUAAAGAAUCUUACAAGAGGAGGUACCAUUAUGAUAAGUAGAGAUUUUACGUUGGAAAAAAAGAAAUUGUACAGAUCUUAUCAACAAACACAGUGAAGGGAAAGAUGGUUCAGGGAGUUGUCUGACUUUUUUUAGUACAUGCAAUUAUUUCUACCUGCUCUAACUUCGUCAAUCCGAAGAUGGUCUUUUUCCGUGCGUGUAAAGCGGGACCUACUCUUUCGAAGAGCGUAUAUUUUACAAUUAUUUAGUUUAUAAUUAUUCAACAUGAAAGAGACAAGAAAUUAUUAUAUAUGGGUAAGAGGGAGGAAAGAGCGCGCUUCUUGUAUAUUGCUUUCUAGAUACUUGUCAAGAUUCUUUAAAACGGCAAUGAUAUGUCCCUUUGCAAGGAUAGAAAAACAAUAUUGCGUUUUACCGAUCUGCAAUUGUUUAAGAAAGAUAUAGUGUGAAUUGGCUGUGUUUUUAGCUGAAGAUGCAAUCCAUUUGGGAAAAUGAAAAUGUGAUAAUAAAAUAAAAACAGAUCGAGUAGUUUCUUUAUGUGAUUCUUAGAUUUUAUAUGUUUAUCUAAUUGUAGAAAUAAAAGUGAUUAUAACGUAGUAGCGCCGUAUUAAAGAAAAGAGCAUUCACUUUGGAUAAACGAAUACAUAUCUGUCUAGCGUUAUAGUACAGACAAGUUUCUCAAAGUACAUAAUUUCAUCGACAAUCACGGUAUAGCGUUGAACGUGGAUUUCAUAGAUCCCUACUGAAACUUGACGAAUGCGGUGUAGAAUUGUGACAGCUGUGUAAAUUUCUAAGGUCGCAUAAAGAAAUGUUCUCUCCUAAAGAAAGAAAAUGGUAUCUUCGUUUACAAGACUUGUGUAAUAUAUUUUUUCGUGAUAAUCUAACGAUAUGCUAAAAUUAAAAUCAACUUUUCUUUCAUAGUAUUAGGAAUUUAGAUAUGCUGAAAUUUUUUAUUUUAGAAAUACUAAUGGAUAUCUCGAUCAUUCUUAUCUAAUAUUGUUUUAUAUACGUAUACUACUGAUAUCGGUUAUCAAUUGAUAUAUGCGUGUUUUUAAACUACUACUGUCCAAUGUUUCGAUGCAUUGUAUUUCUAACAAGAAAUCUCACCGUAAUUUAGGUAUCAAUUCGUGAUGAUGUGAUAUUAGUAGAAAAAUUUGUGAGCAACGUAAAGAACGGAUCAGCGUGUGAUAUUACAAACUUUGGCCAUGUGUGUAAAAGAUCCUCUUAUAGGAGCAUUAUCACCACACCACUAAAUGAUUUCUAUCGCUUUGUUGUUCCAAUGAUACUUUUUGGGACUUUUGAUACCUAAGAUGUGCUUUUUCCAUAGAAAGAAAAAAAAAAUGAUUUGAAAUUACUGUAUUUGACAAGAACUUGCAGUAAUGAUAUUCCAAAAUGAUAUGUAGCAAGUGUUCAUGCGUGCGUGUGUGUGCAUAUAAAUACAAAUGGAAUUUAUAAGACUGAUCAGUACUAGAAUUUUCCAAAUUAAAUUUUCAAAGUAGAACAAUUAUUCGUAUUCAUAUAAACGUUUGAAACGACAAAUAAAACUUCCAGAACUCGUGUUAUUAAACUUACAUUAAUUAUAUACUGGCUAUAUCGAAGAACGAUAGAGGUUUUGCGAAUUAAAAAUCGUUGAAUAAAAUGUUCUUCCUGGUCUCUUUGAAAAUAGAAGGAAAAUGAAGGGAAACAAGAAAUAAAAGUAAAAAAAAAAAAAAAAAAUGUGCGAUGAUCGCGUUAUAAUAUAGAAAUAAGAUAUA